CUAAAUUACAAUCAUUAUCUAGUCCAGAAGAAGAUGAAUUAUCAUCAAUAUCAUCUUCAAUGAAAAUGAAUGCAUCAAGUCCUCAACAACAAGCUAUUGUUCAUUCAUUUCUUGAACAAUUUGAUUAUGCUUUAUCAAUAAUGGAACGUGAAUGUUCAUAUCAUCCAACAGCUACUAAUUAUCGUAUGCUUGGUAAAUUACGUAUAAAAGCUAAACGAUUUGAUGAUGCACGAGAUGCAUUUGAAAAAUGUAUACAAGCUUGUACAAAUAGUAUUACAGAUCAAACAAUUGAACUUCAUGGUGCUUAUUUAGAUUUAAGUAAAUGUCUUAUACAACUUAAACGUUAUCCACAAGCUAUUGAACAAUUAACUAUACUUAUUAAACUUCAACAACCAAAUCAAAAUGCUGAAGCUUAUUUACAACGUGGUAUUGCAAAAAUGAGAAUGUUUACUAAAAAUACUGCUCAUGAAUUAGUAAAAUUAUCAUCAAAUAGACGACCAUUAUUAGAUAUUAAUAAAGCACUUGUAAUUCAAUCAAAUAGUGCUGAAGCAUAUCUUGCACGAGCUGCUUGGUAAGUAUCAAAGUCAUGUGAAAUUUGCUGUUUCUUUUUUUUUUUAAAUGUACUUAACAAUAGGAGAAACACUAGGAGUGAAGUAGUACAUUUUACUGCUCAAUGAAUAUCAAUGUAUAUACUCACAUAAUUCAAACUGGACAAAAAAAAACGUCGGUACACUAUUAGGUAUAACAUGCGCCACACCAGCGGUAUUUGUCGGUAUUAAGAAAAAAUCGUCGAUAGACCGACAAUCAAUUGGCGGUAGUUUGAUACAAUGAGUUUCUUAGAAAAGGAAAUAAAUUAGAAUAAGACAAAAAAAAAUUUCUUUUGCCUAUAGUCAUUGUUCUCUCUUUACUAUUUAUUUUCACGAAUUUUUAAUCUUUCAUAUGAAGAUCAAUCUUUAUAUUCUAUUACUUUAAUUAUUUAGUAUUCCUUUUAAUCUGUUGAUUUAAUAUUUUUGUUUUUAAGGUAUGCUCGUUGUGAACGUUAUUCAAAAGG